AUGGACCUCUCCCCACAGGACCGCGCCAUGGUCCGCCUCUACAUGGCGGGCUGCUUCCAUGAAUGGGACCAGCUGCCAGAGCUGGCAAGGGAGUAUUACGCGCGGGGGGCCAGCGUGGCGCAGCUGCGCGGCUGCGUGCGGCACAUGGUCGUGUUUGCCGGGUACGGGCCCUGCCUGGCCGCCACCCUGGCGCUGCACAAGGCCAGGCUGCUGCCCGAGGACACCCCCGCCAAGGUGAGCGGACCCCCCGGCAACGCCUUUGAGCUGGUGUACGGCAGCGUGACGGACCGCGUGCGCGCAAACAUGCACGCCGCAGACGCAGCCCUGGGGGAGUGGAUCAGGCUGCACCUGUAUGGAGAUGUGUACAGCUCCCCCGGCCUGGACAUGCGGCAGAAGCAGCUGCUGACCUGCGCCUUCCUGUCUGAGGCAAACAUGCCGGACCAGCUGUUUGGGCACGCGCUGGCGGGGCUCAGGUUUGGCAACAGCCUGGCGGCGCUGCAGGAGGUGGCGCGGCUGGCGUGCGACAUGGGGCCCCGCCCCGCCGCCAGCCGCGACGCAGUGCUCAAGGCUGCCCUUAAGACGCUUGACAUGGCCAGCGCCAAGUAUGGAAAGGACAUGGUCGGCGAGGCGCCCGCCUGCCCCGAGGUGACCACCCCAGACCCGCACUUGAAUGUGCGCAUCCCGCCGCUGCCGCCGCCGGUCAACGCGGGCGCGCCACGGGCGCCCUCCGGCGACCAGGAGCAGCAGCAGGCGGCGGAGGGGGCAGGAGGGGAUGGCGGCCAGGCGGGGGAUGCCAGCGUGGGCGUGAGCCUGGGCGCGCAGGCGGCGCUGAAGCCGGCAGGCGGGGGCCAGGCGGCGGGCGGCUGGGGCACCAGCAACAUCGGCCGGCCCAGCAACCUGGCAGUGGACUCUAUUGCUUCGCGCAUGGAGCAGCAGCGGGCGCGCAGCGGGCUAUUCUUUGCCUGGGACCCACCGGCACGUGAGGACUCCGACCCGCAGCAGCCGCCGCAGCAGCCGGGGGAGGAGGAGUGGGCGCUGGGUGGAGGCUGGGAGGCGGCGGCCCGCUGA